AUGUCGGCACCAGAAAUUCGUCUCCAAACCAGUCAACCUGAUGAUAAACCCACUAUAUUUAGUCCUAUCUCACCAGUAUCACCGCAGGCUUCAUCGAAGUCAAUUUAUACUAGAUCGGACACACUUACUCUUUCUGACAAAUACUCUCCGAUCGAGAAAGGAAGUCCUCAAAGUAUACAUUCGAAGCCAUGGCCUGUACGGCCACAACCUCUCAGCAAGGACAUAACAGGCCAACGUUGGUGGGACACCACGGUCGACUUUGUUACUUGUUUAAUUCCUUUACCUUUUUUCAUGCUUGCAGCUGCUGUAGUGGCUGUCAACGGAAAAGAAGUCAACAACCGUGACUUAGACUUUCUCCAACAGGCAAUCAAAGGGGCAACAACCUUGUUUCCAAUCUGCUUUGCUGCGAUUGCUGGCAGAGCAGCCAUCAAAUAUGCGACCUGGAAACUUGAACAAGGGACUACCCUCGGUGCCCUUGAGCAACUGAUGGGCAGCCGAACAGUCGCGAGUGCCAUUACUACUCAAGUGCAACUUCGAUCUUUCAAUGCAGUUGGCCUAGGACUUAUCUUAGUUUGGGCAUUAUCACCUCUGGGAGGUCAAUCCAUUUUACACAUUUUAUUUACUCCGACUAAAGUCACCUCAACGCCAUCCAAUAUCACAUAUUUCAACACGAGGCAACAAAGUUAUUCCGCUCCCACCGGCAGUUUUGCGAAUCAAUGGUUUUCUGGAUUCUCGAUCCUGUUCAGUUCUUCGAUACUGGCUCCUCAGGCCGUCUUGCAAAGUAGCAUGGACAUCUGGGGCAAUGUCAAGAUUCCGUACUUUUCCAGCAUUUCCUCCGAUGGGGAGCCGAGAGAUAGCGAUGGCUGGGUUCAAACUUCGGCCAACAAUGGAACCUUGGUCUAUUCCUCAAUAUUCGGUAUUCCCAUGACUGGAAUUGGCUUCGGCAACACAACCCUAAUGAUGGAGUCGACAUACAUGCAGCUGACAUGUGAUAAUACAACUACGUUCCCAAUACCCAAUGCGACUGAUGGCACACCUGAUUUCAAAGGAUUCUUGAUCUCCCAGACUGGGCCAUUCUUUAGCUAUCAGAAUGUGUCUGACUCGGUGCCUUUCGCUAUUGGAUGGCAAGGCCAAGAUGUCGCCCAAUUGGGUACUAAUGAUCCCUCAGGAUUUGUCUACCCUCAGUUUUGCCCCGACUGUCUGGCGCCUUCUCUGACCAAUGCCUCCUUCACCAACGGCACACUCGUCUUUCAAGAGUUUGAUGGCGUGGAUAAUGUGACGUCCGUGUACUGCACUCCAUCCCAACAAUACAUGGAGAACCAAAUUUUUUGUACCAAAGAUGGGGUUACUCAGCAGUGUCAAGUCACUGCUCAAAGGCUGUCUGUUCUGCCACAUUUCCCAUCGGAAGUCACCUAUCUCAGUUUUAACGAGGUAGCUAUGGGACUUACAGCACUUUUCGCGAACUCGACGCCGCAAGGAAAGGCUGUCAAUCAGUUACAGAAUUGGAUUCUGGAUCCCACCUCUACAGUAUCGCUCAUUUCCAACGUCAACUCAGGCUCAAACAAUGAUGGGCAAACACCUCUUGCCUUCGUUUCACUGCAAGAUAUUGGAGAUCGGCUUGGUCAACUCAUAAACGCUUUCAUACACGGAAGCAUGUGGAAUUCUACAUCAUAUAUCAUUGAGACGCCUCUCUACGAUAUCCAAGAAAUGGUGGCAGGUGGGAGGAAUGGCAGCUUUGUACCAGCAACUACUUCUGAUAUUAUUGCCAUGAUCCAGAAUCGAACUUCGGCCUUCACAGUCACAGCCAAUCAAGUCAAUGCUGCUCAAGUAUACCUAGCUUUCUUUCCGUGGUUAAUAAUAUUUCUCCUUUCUAAUUUGGUGAUGCUGCUAGCGGCGAUCACGGGUGUUUAUUUUUCAAGGAAGACAAUUGUUCCUGAUUAUUUGGGGUUUGUGUCCAGUUUGGCGAAAGAGUCACCGUUCAUCCGAAUGCCAGAUGCAGGUAUAAAUAUGGACGGGAUGGAUAAGGCGAAGUUGGUGAAGGAUAUGAAAGUCAGGCUAGGAGAUAUAAGUGAUUUUGAUGGAGGUAGCAAUGGACGGGUUGGAAAGUUAGCUUUUGCCCGCAUGGAAGAGACCACAAAAGUCCAGAGAGGAAAGCUCUAUAUAUGA